AUGGCGUGCUCCGCCUUGUAUCGGCAGUCCAAGCUGGGCCAUAGCCUGGUGGACGCGCUAGACCAGCUGGUGGAGGAGGGGAAGCUCCCGCCUCAGCUGGCGCUGCGCAUCCUGGACGAGUAUGACGAGGUGGUGUUUGAGACGAUGGAGAACAAGGUCACCGCCAAGGGCAGCCUGAAGGGCCACCUGGACAUCUACCGCUUCUGCGACAAUGUCUGGACCUUCAUCCUGUCGGGGGCCACCUUCAGG